AGGGUUUGUAUACAUGAACCAGUAUGGCGCGACUUCGAUAACCGAUCAUUUCUCAUUUCAUCCUCCGUCGACCCUUAGCAUUGCACAAGAAAACCCUAGUUUUCUACGAUGGUGAACUGGAGGAUUAGGCAAGAAUGGGAGGAAUAUGAUCUCCAAAGCUCAUACGCUGACAAUCCAUCUAUGUUCUCGAUACGAUUGAACUAUGGUGGAGUUUUUACGAAGUUUCCAGGCUGCAAAUACAUAAAGGGGAAGAUGAAAUAUAUUGAUGGCAUUGAUAGUGACUUGUUCUCGGUGCAUGAUAUGGACGAGAUAAUGGAAUUGCUUGAUUGUGUGGAACGAGGUAAAAGUAUUUACUAUCAUUUCAAACGACCAACCUGGGAUUUAGAUUUUGGGUUGUAUGCUUUGGGCUGUGACGAAGAUAUAAACCACUUUAGGUCAUACGUUUAUGAACACAAGGUGAUAGAAGUAUAUACAGAGUUUUGGGAAACCAAGCUGCAUACGUAUCAAAUGUCCCCAAACCCUGAAAAGAUAAAGAUACACGAAAUUCCUGAGUCCCUUUGUCGUAAAAGCUUGUUAUUGACAUGGUCAAAUUCAGGGGAUUGUCCUAGUGAAGAAGCCCCUGUUUUUGAGAAUGUAGAAACUAUGGACGAACCCCCUAGUACAUUACUUGAAACAACCUUGGAACAACCCCUUGUUACAUUGAGUGAAACAGUUGAGUCAACCCCUGCCUAUAUACCAAGAAUUGAAAGCCCUUUGACUGAACCAAUGAUAGGAAGCACAUAUCCUAAUGUUGAUGGUUGGGAUGAUACAUUUGAAUGGUGUGAACCUUUUGGUGGGACUCCUAUGGAACAAGAUGAACCAAAUAGUGAAAAAGCAGGUGAAGACAGUCAAGCUAGUAAAGACAGUCAUGAUAGUGAUGACAAUGAAGAUAGUGAAGACAAUCAAGAUAGUGAUUACAUAGUUGAUGAAGAUAAUUUGUAA